CACACUGCAAAGCUGUCUUUACCACAACCAAAUUAAAAAGGCUUCGCAUUUUCAAAGCAAUUAAAAAAAACGAGGAAAGUCAAAGGAAAAACGGAUAGUUUUUGCAUAUCCUGCAUAGUAAGUAACGGUAACUCCGCUGACGAAAGCCGUCCCUUUGAAAAAGUGAGCGUGAAAGAUGCAAUCCGUUGUGCAAAAGUGAUCAAGAAUUCGGGCACUAGGGGAAAAAAUAAGGGAAAAACGAACUACAGGAACCGGAACCGGAAGCAGAGAGAGAUUCAGGGACUUGGUCAUGAGUUUCCUGCCGGGGGAGCCGGUGCCGCCGGGAUUUGAGGAGGACGACAUGUCCCAGUCGUCGGUGAUCCAGAAGCAGAUAGAUAGCUACACCGGCGGCCCACUGAUCGGCACCGAGUACACCAUCGAGCUGCACGAGGCGGGCCAACUGCGUCCGGACUACUUCUGCGUGCUAUGCAAUUCCUGCACCGAUGGCCGCACCGUCUUUGUCCACUGGACAUCGCUGGCGCACCGCACCAAGUACCUGCACACCCAUUUCCAGAAGGCCCACGAUGUGCUUCAGAAGCUUAAACGCACGCCUAACAGCUCCGGCGAUCUGGUCAUCGCCACCGGCAAUCUCGUUACGGCGAUUGAGAAGCACUUCGGUCGCUCCAGCCAGAUGGUGACAGCCUCUGGCGCUGAUUUCCGGCGUUUUCGCGGCAAGAUCUGCAGCCAGGUGCGCGAUAUUUUCCAUUUCGAUGAGUGUGCCGGCCCGGAUUUCGUCGAUGAGGCUCAACGCCUUUUGCGCGAACCGAAGCCCGAUGAGUCUAUCAAGAUUAGCCUCAAGAUGAACGCGACCGGGGACGACAGCAAGAAGCAGGAGGAUGGCAAUAUAAUCUCCCUGGAUGCCAUAUCCAGUGAUGAUGAAAACUUCGGUUCUUCCGGUCCUCCUGCCAUUCAGGUGCCGAAAAAGGUGAUGCGCAAGAAGAACCUGGCCGAAGAUGCCAGUGGACGUGGGGUCAACCGCUCGCCGCCGACAACUGGGGGCGUGACCAAGCCCCAGCAGCUGCCCACGCCCAAGGAGCUGUCCAUUCAGGCCUCUAUUAUCGCCCAGGAGCGGUACAAGUGGGAGAAGUUCCGUUGCAUGCUGGAACUUCAGCUCAAGCAGCUGCGCGAUGAAACGGAGACGUACGAGUCGAAUCCCGAGAAGCAUCCGGACUAUCCGGAUGAGUGGAAACAGUUCUGGAAUCGGCGCUACAAGCAGCUGCAGGAGGAGAAGAAGUGCGAUCCGAAUCAGUACGACUACAAGCCGGAGUGGAUUAGCUACUGGAAGGAUCGCCGCAUCGAGCUAUUUAACAUUUCGGUAAAAAAAAUCAAAAAGGAUCUCAAGGAGAAGUUUAAGCUGGGGGACGAGGACGAGGAGAAGACCAAGGAGCUGAUGGAGCGCUACAAGAUCCGUGUGGCCAGUCCGCGGGAAGUGCCGCCCAGCGCCAAUGCCGUCAAUCGUCGCAAGCAGAACUUCCGCAACAAUCGUGCAGCGGGUGCGGGAGGAGCUCCCGAUGCCGUCAUAGAUAUCAGCGAUGACGAGGCCCCAAGUCCUCCAUCCCGUGGUCGUCCUUACAACCGGCGCUCGCACUCCCGGUCGCCGUCACCCAAGCGAGGCGCACGCCGUCCUUUGCGGCGUUCACGCACUCGUUCGCCGCGCCGCAAUUUCCGUCAAGGAUCGCGCUCCCGCUCGCGUUCCCGCAGCCUGAGACGAAGAUCCCGUUCGCCGGCCUUCUAUCGCCAGCGCGAUCGUCAUGUUCAUCCAUCCAGGGAGCGCGUCGUGUCGCCCACCUCUAGGGAUUUCGUAGAUCGUCGCAGCCUGGAGCGGGAGCGAUCUACCGAGUAUUUCCGCGGUGAGAGCUAUGCUCGCGGGCCGCGUAGCUAUGACCAUGUGGAGACCUUCCGCGUGAUGGAUUCGCGUGUGUAUCCGGAAUACAACAUGUCGAAGGUGCGCUCGAUUUCGCCGGCCGUCUCAACCAACAAGGAUAAGGAAAGCUCGGAUUCCGUCGAGGAAGGUCCACUGACCGUCGUCAGUGUCCUUCGCAUGCUGUCCGCCGUGGAGGAGCACCUGGGCAGCCUGGGGCCCAAGGCCCUCAAUCUGCUCAGCAAGGCUCUGGCCAUGGAGAUGGUGCAGCCGAAUGCCGCUGACGAUUUGCUAAUGAACGACGACAACUGUGUCUUUCUGGAGACCACCAAGGAGAAACUGAAGGGCAUCCUUAUCGCCGAGGUCCUGGACGAUCCGCAAAAGGUGCGCGUGGUCAAGAAACUGAUCACCAACAUAGCGGCCAUCAUCUUCCAGGUGAACUCCAGAGGUAUACCCGAUGUCGCCGAGGCCAAGGUCAAGGCGAACGCCAAUCCAGCGCCCAUUCAGCUGCCCUUCGACCGGAAUGUGGUGGCCCCCAAGCUGGCCAAUGCUCUGGUACUCAAGGGCUACUACGACGUGUGCACCGGCGACAUGAACAACCUGCUGCACCUGCUAACGCUGAUGGUCAAGACGGACAAACAGCGCCGUCUGGUGGACAAGAGUAAUGGCCUGUCAUUCGACGAGAUUCUGGUCAUGCUCGGUCUGCAAAACGAAACGCCGGUCGACAACAUGGGCAUCGAUCUGGACGAGCUGAUGAAGGAGGUGGAAAACCAUCUGAACAAGGAGUCGCUGGAUGUGGCUGGCGCCGGUGCUGGAGCAGCUGCCAAGGUUCAACUAGAAGCUGCCGGCGGCAGCAAUGGCAUGGAGUCGCUGACCGACUCGGAUCUGCAGACCCUACUACAGAACUUCAAGUUUCUGUCGAAUGAGGAGCAGGUGCAUCUCAUUGGCCAUCUGCGCAAGCUGGAGGUCCAGGAUCCGUCGCGCGUGGCCCGCCUGCGCAAGUAUGUGAACCUGGCGGAGCUAAGUGGCGAUGGGGAGUCCUGCAGUGAUUUCCUGUCGCGUGUGGUGAACAUCGGUGGGGCCACAAAGCCGACGGAGAAAUCCAAGUCCAUGGCUUCGUCAUCGGGGGGCAUGGCCUCCUCCUCCGGAGCCGGCGUCGCCGCCUCCUCUUCCAACUCGAUGGCAGCUCUCUCCAAGCUGUACAGCCGACGUAUCAGCGUAGAGCGUGAGGAGGAAAGCGAUUUCCUAAGUGAGCCCAAUAAUAAGCAGCGUCGCACCCGGAUCUCGCCCAGCUUUAUAAUCGAUGACGACGACGAAGACGAUGAUUACAACUUUGACGAUCUGGUGAUGAAGGCCUGUGAUUCGAAUGGCGGCGGCGGCGGCGGUGGUGAUGCCAGGAAGACAGGAGGUCCGCCCAUUGUAAAUGUGGAAUCAUCACCAAAUGCCCUCACCUUCAAGCCAGCAGCUGCAUCCAAGAUAUCGCUGAAGGACACCGAAAGCAUAAUAGCCAACCUGAUGGGCACUUUGAGCAAGCAAGGGAAUUCCGGCGGAUCGAGUGGCUCCUCCGGAGGUAAUCGCAACUAUAUGAUGAACCAACAACAACAGCUGCAGCAUGCACCGCAAAAUCCGGCGAGUAUGAGCCAAAAGACAGGCCAGAAUCAUGGCCAACACCAGUCGGGAGCAGGCUAUCCCAAACCGGGCUAUUCGGGGCAGCAGCAGGGCGGCAACUUCGGCCCGGAUCCGCAGCCUCUAAUGAGUAACUUAAACGCCAGACCCGAUCCCAAUCAAUAUCCGAAUCAGCAGCCCUUCGGCGGCUAUAAUCCGUAUGCGGGCAAUGGUGUGCAGCAGAACUAUGGGCCCAUGGGACCCGGACCCGGACAAGGACAUGGCCCUUAUGGCGGUCCCAUAAACCCGUGGGCCAACAAUGGACCGCCGCAGCCACCCUACAACCAGAUGCCUCAAAACUUUUUGAACCCACAGCAACAGCAGGCACCGCCACAUUAUAACAACAUGUUUGGAGGGCGUCAUUAGAAGCCAAUUAGUCUUAGGUCCUAACCAUUAAAUCAUAGAGAUUUAAGCAUAGAAUAUAAACUGGGAAUAUCCUGUGAAGUGCCCGUGAAUGCGCGUAUGUGCUAGUUUACAUGUGAUUUAAGCACCAAUUUUUUUUUAGUUCAGACACCUAUGCCAUCUACAAAAAAACACUAUUUCUUUUCUUGAGAACUAAACAAUAAAGAACAAAAUACAUUUGGACAUCCAUAAUUCUGAACAGCAAAACAAACAAAAUAAAGAGACACAAAUGUUAGCUUUAUAUCGACUUUUGUUUAGCACUGGUUUCUUCCUGAAUAUAAAAUGGAAUUUAUAUUAUGAGCUUUGAGUUCAAAAUUUUGAAAUUAAAACAAGUUGUGCAUUUCAAAAUAAAGAAAAACCUUAUACAAAUUAAGAUUUGUAUGUUGAAUUUUAACAAGAACGUGAACAUUUUUUGAAAUUAAGUGUAUUUAUUAUUUAAUAAAAAGUGAAGAAAAAAGUUAAUAAAUCUGGAA